CAAUUUGAAACCGAGCGGAGGGAGGGCCGGAGGAGGAGGAGGAGGAGAAGGAGGAGAAGGAGGAGAAGGAGGAGAAGGAGGAGAAGGAGGAGAAGGAGGAGGCGGGCACGCUGGGCCGGCGGCCGGGACGGACCGAAGCGGGACGGGUCGCACGGGCGAGCGAGCUGCUGAGGCGCGUCGGCGGCGGGUGUGAGCCAUCACCAUGACUACUGAAGUUGGCUCCACAUCUGAAGUGAAGAAGGACUCUGACCAUUUGGGAGCAGAUGCAACCAAGGAGAAAGCUAAAGAGGCGGCAGAAAAUCAACAGAAUCAGUCAUCCAGUCAAGAGGAGGAAAAAGGCUCCCAGCCAUCUCCUGCAGCUGAAAGCCAAAGUAGUCCCCGCCGCCAGAAGCGAGAGCAGGAUCCAUCUGAGAGUAGAGGCCUUUCUCGGUUCAUACCCCCAUGGCUUAAGAAACAGAAGUCCUAUAACUUAAUAGUGGCCAAAGAUGGAGGAGCUAAAAAAGAGCCUCCCCACGGUGUUGUAAAAGAACAAGUUUUAGACAGAGAGGACACCCUUCCUAAAGAAGAGAGACAGGCCAAGGGCGAUGCUGAAGAAACAGCCCAGAGGACACACCUGGAGGUGAAGGUGGAUGUCAGAGAAGACAAGCCUGCAGCCAGCAGAGCCGACACUCAGCCUGCUGAAGAAGUAAGGAAGAAGAGAGAAGAGGAGAAAGUUAAGGAAACACAGGAAGACAAAUCAGAAGGAGAAGCAGCAAAAAGGGAGACCAAGGAGGUGCAGACCAGUGAGGUGAAAGCAGAGAACGCCUCUCAGAAAGCAAGCAAGAAGACCAAGACUGUCCAGUGUAAAGUGGUCCUUCUGGAUGGCACCGAGUACAGCUGUGACCUGGAGAAACGUGCUAAGGGACAAGUAUUAUUUGACAAAGUAUGUGAACACCUCAAUCUCUUGGAAAAGGACUACUUUGGACUUUUGUUUCAGGAAAGCCUUGAGCAGAAAAACUGGUUAGAUCCUGCAAAAGAAAUAAAGAGACAGCUGCAAAAUCCUCCCUGGCUGUUCACCUUUAAUGUGAAGUUUUAUCCUCCCGAUCCUUCUCAGCUGACAGAAGACAUCACUAGAUACUUCUUGUGCCUUCAGCUCCGGCAGGACAUCGCCUCUGGCCACCUGCCUUGCUCCUUUGUGACUCAUGCUCUUCUGGGAUCCUACACGCUGCAGGCUGAACUUGGAGACUAUGACCUGGAAGAGCAUGGGAGCAUUGACCUCAGUGACUUCCAGUUUGCCCCCACCCAGACUAAGGAGCUGGAAGAGAAGGUGGCCGAGCUGCAUAAGACCCAUAGGGGCUUAUCUCCAGCACAGGCGGAUUCUCAGUUCUUAGAAAAUGCAAAGCGGCUUUCCAUGUAUGGUGUGGACCUGCACCAUGCCAAGGACUCAGAAGGCGUGGACAUCAAACUGGGUGUAUGUGCUAAUGGGCUUCUCAUUUACAAAGAUAGACUGAGAAUCAAUCGUUUUGCUUGGCCAAAAAUCCUGAAAAUUUCCUAUAAGCGCAGUAACUUCUACAUUAAAGUUAGGCCAGCAGAGCUAGAACAGUUUGAGAGCACCAUCGGAUUCAAACUGCCAAACCAUCGGGCAGCGAAAAGGCUAUGGAAAGUGUGCGUGGAGCAUCAUACUUUCUACAGGCUUGUGUCUCCAGAGCAGCCACCAAAGGCCAAGUUUUUGACCUUGGGGUCCAAAUUCCGCUAUAGUGGGCGCACCCAAGCGCAGACCCGCCAGGCGAGCACCCUCAUAGAUAGGCCAGCACCACAUUUCGACCGCACCUCUAGUAAGCGGGCCUCCAGGAGCUUAGAUGGAGCUCUGAUUGGUGUUGGGGACCAAACUCCUGUGAAGGAUUUUCCUGGUGCUGUGGGGGAAGUCUCAGCGUAUGGCCCUGGGGUCGGCGGCACUGCCAGGGUCCAGGAAGCGAGGAGCCUGGCCAGAGCCCCAUACUCACAGCUCUCUGAAGGAAAGAAAAAUUCCUUGAGAGUAGAAGGGGAUAAUAUUUAUGUCAGACAUAGCAAUUUAAUGUUGGAGGACCUGGAUAAAGCCCAGGAGGACAUACUGAAACAUCAGGCUAGCAUUAGUGAACUCAAGCGCAAUUUUAUGGAAUCCACACCUGAGCCGCGCCCUAACGAAUGGGAAAAACGACGUAUCACACCUCUGUCCCUACAGACUCAAGGGAGAAAAGGAGACCAUCUUUUCAAGGAUAUUUUAUCCAUGAAGGAGAAGUACCUGGUGGCAACCACAUGGACAGCUGAAGAAAAAACCCAGGAGGCAGACAAGAGCCUAGAAGAGGAGAUAACAACAAUUUUGUUUAGUGGAAAGGGCUUUUCUGAUAGCGUGAAAGCCGCCUUCCCUUCAGCCACCACUUGGACAGCAGAGGGCGCUGUUGUGAACUCUAAUGCACCUUCUAGAGAAAAGCUUUCCUUCUCCCGGCCCUUCUCACAUUUGCCUGAGACACGUGCUCCCGCGUCAGAAGGGCCUUGCACUGGAGCCAGGGAUGAUGUUAAGAGUUCACAUGAGACUCUGAAUGUAGUGGAGGAGAAGCAGCGGGCAGAGGUUGGGAAAGAUGAAAGAGUAAUCACAGAAGAAGUGAAUGGUAAAGAGCUAUCACCUGGGAGUGGUCCUGGGGAGAUGCGUAAGGUGGAGCCUGUGGCACACAAAGACUCCACCUCCCUGUCUUCUGAGAGCAGCAGCAGCAGUGAGAGUGAGGAGGAAGACGUGGGCGAGUACCAGCCCCAGCAGCGUGUGACCGAGGGCACCAUCAGGGAGGAGCAGGAGGAGUGUGACGAAGAGGCGGAGGAAGCGCCUGGCCGCACAGCCCAGGUAGUGGAGAGGGAGGAAGCGUUGCCCGAAGCCAGCCCAGACAGACACGCAGGGCCCGGUGUGAGCCCCGUAGACACCGAGGCCCAGGACUGUGUAGGUGCCCCAGAGGGGACUGGAGAGAAGAGUGUAAACGAAGGCCCUGUUAAGCAAGACGGGAGAGAAGAGACGGAGGAAGAGCAACAGAAAGUUAACGGAGAGGUGUCUCAUGUUGACAUUGAUGUUUUGCCACAAAUUAUUUGUUGUUCAGAGCCACCAGUGGUAAAAACAGAGAUGGUAACAAUUUCUGAUGCCUCACAAAGGACAGAAAUCUCCACCAAGGAAGUCCCCAUUGUGCAAACUGAGACCAAAACCAUCACGUAUGAGUCUCCACAGAUUGACAGCGGGGCUGUUGGUGAUUCGGGCACAUUACUGAGUGCACAAACCAUCACAUCUGAGUCCAUGUCGACAACGACAACCACGCACAUCACCAAGACUGUAAAAGGUGGGAUAUCUGAAACAAGAAUUGAGAAGCGCAUUGUGAUCACAGGAGACGCAGACAUUGACCAUGAUCAGGCACUGGCCCAGGCAAUCAGGGAAGCCCGAGAGCAGCACCCUGACAUGUCGGUCACCAGAGUAGUUGUGCACAAAGAAACAGAGCUGGCGGAGGAAGGGGAAGAGUAACCAAGAACGUCAUUGUUUAAACAACACUCAAAUUCAUGAACCUGAGAAGUUUUGACCAUUUCAAGACUUAAUGCCACACCUCCACUCCAGCAUAUUUGUGCUACGACUGGUAACAAUGACCAGAGCCUGAAGAGUUAAAAUGCCAACAUCAAACCUUACCUUAACAGCUCUGGUCUACACUGUUUCCGCACAUUUUAAAUAUGUUACUUUGUUUUAUAACCACUUCUAAAUAUUCUUGGUUCUUUCUUUUUUCCCCCCAAGUAAGGGGUUUUGUCUUUAUUUUUUAUUUACUUUGUGUACAACUACUUGCUUUUUAUGACUCAUUUGCUCAUCUGACAGUGAACAAAGCCAGCCUGGGCUGGUAAGGUGCUGUUCACUUGAACAGGUGCUGUUGUGUGGAAAGGAAACUCUGACUAAUUUAGAUAGUGGUUUUCCUUCUUUCAGAUUCUUUCCUUUGAAUUCUUACAGUAAAUAUUUGCAGAGUUUUCAGAUUGCAGUAAAUAUACUCUCUGAGAAAUAUUAAUACCAAUUAAAAGUAUUUCUUACAUCUUGAAAAUUUUCUAAUGUUUGAGAAUUUCACCGAUAUGUUUUUUAUUUUGAACCCUUUUGACUUUCCAGUCCUGUGACUUUUUAGAAAGUCAGAGACUCUCCAGACUGGAGAAUUACCAAUUCACUGACCAUGCACUGUGUUCAGAGACCUGUGGCACCAUAGUCCCAGUGCUUCUCAAACACAUGCUCUUCGACAGCAUUCCAGAGCAGGAGGGAGGAGAGAGGGCAGUUUCUUCCCUUCUACUAAAAGAGCCAGGCAGCUUACAACCUUAGUGCUUGCUUUCUUAACGUUUCCAAAUUCCAGUUCUUUCCAUUAUCUGAACACAUGGAUAGUCCCCUUGCUUUUUAUUAAAUCUCCUUGUCUGUGUGUGAAACUGACCUUUUCUUACUGAGCAGGUGUAUCUCCCAGAUAACUCAAUGGCUCGCCCAGGUUUGAGGCUGCUGUAGAGAGGGAGAGGAGCAGGGCCUCAGUGGUUGUUCAGUUGGUUGUAAGAAAGCUAAACCGUUUAAAGCUGACACCAGAGACCUGAUAGGGACUUAUUCACUAUAUUGAACAUUUUCCUCUUGCUUAUAAUUAUUAGAUUUAUAGCAGCUUCAAGUUGUAUUAAAUGAUAUUUUGCUUUCUGUAAUACUGUUAUAAAAUAAAGUUUGUUUAUUCUCUGAA